AUGUUCAUCGGCUCACUGGCCAAUGCCAUGGGCGACGCGGACUUUGGGUUGCAGGGCUGCUGGUCCUGGCUAGCGACGUGUAGUCUGCAGCGCAUGUGGGGAAAGGACCUAGAAGAAGGUGAAGUGGGGAGAUUGGACGAUCAGGUACGAAUGUACAGGCGUGGUGGAGUGGACACGCUGGCAUUGGCAGCAGAGCGGUGCGGUGGUGGAGACUCACGUGAGCGGAUGGGUGUGUUGGCGAUUGCGCACGCACUUUCACCACGGCCAGAGGCGGAGAAGUCCGACGGUCGAGCUCCGGACGUGGAGGUUAUUGAUUACCUCUGUCAGUGUCGGUCUGGAGUACACGCUGGCGUCGUUUUGGCAACUUGUCAAACACUCUUUGCUACGGUGGAGGACGACUCUCGAGUCUCGACCUUUGCGAACAUGCGAUCCUGUCACGACAUUUACCGGAAGCGAGGUCACCUGUGUGGUGUUGAGAGAGCUUCUGUCGAGAAUCUAGGUAGCCUGUCUGCAAGAGCUGGAGACGAAGUCCUGGCAAAAGACGAGUGA